AUGACGACUGAGUACCACGACAACCUGGAAAAUGACAACAACUCCUUCUGGAACAAAGGAUCUGCCCCUGUGCUUCUUGUCCCAGAUGCGGCCAAAGACAUUCCCCUCCUCAAGUUUGCUGUGGAGAGUAACACAGACCAGCUGACUUCAGUGGGCGAGGCAUUGAAGCAGCUCUCAACUCUGGACUCCAUCAGCCGGACGGUCGCUGCACUCAAGUGUUCCCUCGAACGCGUCAUCAACAACAGUUCGGCGACUGGCGGCUGUUGUCCCAUUGAUUGGGAACGUUUUGGUUCCAGCUGUUAUUUUUUCAGCAAGACAAUGUUAUCCUGGAAUGGCGCUAGCGACUGGUGCAACGGACACGAAUCCCACCUGAUCAUCCUCAUCCACGACGACGAGUGGGACUUCGUCAGACCGCGUGCCUCGGGGGUCUUCUACUGGGUCGGUCUGACUGAUGGGAGGACGGGGACGUGGGAGUGGGUCAACCAGACGCCCUACAUCAUGAAUCGGAGGCACUGGUCUCCCGGUCAGCCGGACAGCUGGACGGAGCACAACCUGGGUAUAGGUAACGAGGACUGCGCCCACCUCCUGAGCAACGGACGCCUCAACGACCUGCACUGCUCUCCAGGCUACGCUUCAUCUGCCAGAGGCACAGCUGAGAGGCUCCACCCACACCCUCUAGAUACCGUCUGCUGAUUGGAUCGGCCAGCCAAUGACAUCACGCCGUCUGGCCGAUCACAACCUCCAGAGCAAAGGGAACUCACUAACUUCAGAUCAGAGAAUCAGUCCGCUACUAGUAUACACAUAGACACAGACGUAUAUAUGCAUACGUCCACGUAUAUAUGUACAUCUAUAUGUAGAAAUAUAUACACCUGAAGUCAAUUAAACUCAAUGAGCCUGACUGUU